AUGAGGCCAUUCAACCAGGUUUCAUCAGCCCCAGGAAGGGCAACCAAAGGUAAUGAUCCAGAAAUGCUGCCUGAGCCAGCCUAGGAGUAAUCCCAGGUUCUGCUCGGAAUUAGACAUUGUAAGUGGUUCAAUGUGCACAUGGGAUUUGUAUUCAUCUCUAUGAUAAAUCUACAGGGAGUCCCCUUGGAUAUUCCAGUGGAUGUAUUUGUACACCAAAGCAAACAAUUCAUAGAAGGAUUUAGGGGCUUGAAAGAAGGAGAGCCAGUGGAUUUUGCAUUUAAAAAGUCACCCAAAGGCCUUGAAUCAAUAAGGAUCACAGGCCCAGGUGGGAGUCACUGCUUAGGAUGGGAAAGAAUACCUAAAGGGAAGACACAGCAAAAAAGAAAACCAAAGGGAGAUGGGUGGAGACAGCAGGACUUCCUGAUGGAUCAGAUGUGCACUGGGAGAGAAAAAGAGUUCAGGAUGAUUCCGAGAUGCUACAACUGUGGUGGCCUUGAACAUCGUGCUAACAAAUGUAGUCUACCUCCUCAGCCAAAGAAGUGCCAUUACUGUCAGCACAUAGUGCACAUGGUGGCAAAUGGCCCACACAGAAUUGUCGCACAGCUGCCCACCAGCUCUCAGGGAAGACAGGAGGCAGAAUCCCAACCGUGCACUUCUGCUUCACCUUGAGAAGUGGGGGGCCAUGGCUGAACAUCAUCAUUUCCUCAGGAGGCCAGGUCAGAGCUGGCAGAGCUUUCAGACCGGUCACCCCAGGAAGUUUCUUCCAUGAAGGCACCAGAAGAGCAAAACAAAAAGGGGCCUUCAAUUCAAAGGCGGAAAAAAAAAAACUUAAUGCUUGUCAUCCUUCUCUGCACCCUGUUGGGAAGUCUACCUCACACAAGCACAGGGGAAUAG